AUGGCAGUCUACUCGCAACUGCGAUUCAAUAAAGACGUGACUGUUGUCAGUGUCGAUUAUCGUAUGGAGGAAAACGUCGGAAAGCUGCGAAUGUUCCUUUUACUCGCCACUACCUCGAGAGCGUACACGCUUCAAGAGUCAGUCUCAACUGAUUUGAUCCCGAGCAGUAACAAUUGUUCGACCACCGACAGUUUCCUCAUUCUUCGUUCCCCAAACGAGGCACGGGAGGGCGAGAUGGACAUGAUGGCGGCGGACGUGCUCGUGGACGGUACGAAGAACAACUCGAAUGUGUCGCAUCCGAGGACGUUGACCUUACCUAAAGACUGGGACGUAAAAUCGAAGCUAAAGUUCCCGAAAUUCUCCACGGAGGAACGUUACAAGAUGACGAGUUUGCAUCUCGAUAAGGGAUGGUUCGUCUUCGAUUUUCUCAAAGGCUUCCUGUCCUUCGUACAACCUUACGACAUACCGACCGAUCUACUAAUAGAUACCGUGGAAAAUCGCAUAAGCAUCGCCAAAUUAAUAUCAGAGUCUGUGCACGUGGAAGCAGCUUUUCUGAGCUUAGUAGGCAUGUGCUGCGUACUGGCCUGCAUAAUACCUGGCAUGGAACUUUGGCUCGCCUGUCGUCCAAUCAAAGAGAAUUACAAACCCUCUCGGCAUCCCGGUGUUCUCGCAUUUCUCCUCACCGUUUUCGUCUUUAUACUCGGGUCUUGCAUGGUGACAAUGAUAAUAUGCAACGAAGCGGCGGCAGUCGGGAUCGAGAAGCUUCCUAUGACAGUAGAGACGGCGUUGCAGGAUUUAAAGGACUACCACGCGGACACUACAUCACAAUUACGAAAGUGCCUCACGAGAAGUUUGGACGUGGCCAGCGAGGCGAUCCUCGCGGAUCUGGACAAUGUCGAGGAAUUAUUGGGUAAACCUGUGCAGGCCGAACUCUCGGCUGAGACUGGACUUGACGUGGCAUUGGAUGCGCUCGUUGACCUGGGAAAUGCGACGCAAGAGUUAUCUGCAAGAGCCGAAUCUUUGCUUAGGGAGGGUGAGAGAGCUCAUGAACUCGGAUUGGAACUGAGUAGGGAAACGGACGAGAUACGGCGAGACUUGGAAGGUACGGUGAGAGCAUGCUCAGGUCCAGAUCGUUCUCUUUGUGCUGUCAUUGACUCUUCGGGGAUUCGCCUGGAUCUACGGAUAGAACGGCUAUUGAGAGACGACCAUCUACUGCGUCUACGGAAUACUAGUCGAGAAAAUUUGACGGAAGCAGGGCGCCAGGCUCGCGGAGAGUACCUUCACGUACCGCAUCACAUCGCUCGGACCACGUUGGAUGCUCGCAACCAGAUUCGGCGCGAGAUCAAUGCAGCACGUGCCAGGAUUGUCGAUCAAACACGCACGAUGGAGACAAACAGUUUCGAACUUUCAAAGCAACUGGAAUCUGCAAGAAACGUCACGAAUCACAUUAUACUUCAUAUCAUCGCUUUCGAGCAUAUCAGAUGGAUCAUUGGAACGGCUAGUGCUCUAUGCAUUUUACCAGUUCUUUCAUUACUGAUUGGGGCUUUGUGCUGUCACUGUGGAUCAUCUGAAAAUAAAGUGCGUCCAACGCUUUUGUGUGGUGUGGCCACGAGCUGUUUCAUCUCGAUUACACUAUGGGCAGUAUUCAUCGUCUCUUUGGGCAUCGCCAGCCAUACAGAAAUGUUGAUGUGUCGACCGCUGUACGAUCCUAACUAUCGUAUUAUGGAAGUUGUGUUAGAAACUCGAAUGUUUUUGGGAAGAAAACUCACAGUUCCUCUUAAAGAACUCUUUGAAAAAUGUCGAAACAACGAGGCAGCUUAUCCUGCCUUUGGGCUGGAAAAUGCGAUGAAACUGGAACAUUUGACUGCGCAUUGGACAUGGCCGGGUCUGUCCAGAGCAAUCUCAAAUAUCAAAAUCGAUUUGAAAGGUCUUCAAAUAUUAACGCCGAAUUUGCGACAGCGUCUUCAGGAUCUUUUAUACGCCUGCGGUUUGAAUCUUACUGCGCAUAGAAUUAUGAUUCAAGGACCAAUCUUAAGUAAAGAUAUAAAUACGUUGUCCGAUCAACUGGACAAUGUGUCCCGUCAGCUGCAGGACCGAAGUAUUGCCAGGAAACUGCAAAGCAUUGGGACAACAAUGCGAGAUCUGACAUUGCGACGGGUGAAGCCGCUAAUGAAGUUACAGGACGAUUUGGUCUACCGCCUUGCAGUUCUAGAAUUGCAAGUGCAACCUCUUUGGCGACAAGUUAAUCAGUCAAUUUCUCAUCUGAGGACAAUACAAUAUUACAUAGAUCAUCAGGGAGAGAAGAUUGCUCAAUUGAAAACAAAACUGUACGUGGACCGACUAUCAAAUUACCUAGAUCAAUGGCGAACUCACGUACUAUCUGAAAUGGGCACGGGAAUCUCCAAGUGUCGGCCCUUAUGGGAUGUUUUAGAAGGAUUGAGAUACCUACUAUGUGCUCACAUUCUGAGUCCUUUUAACGGUUUUUGGUUUGCUACGCUUGUAAGCAUAAUUGUGAUGAUAGUCAGCACGCCAACAGCUCAUAUUUUAUCAUUGGUGUAUAAGAAAUCUCAUUUCGUAGAAGAUACUCUGCUGCCAACAAGAACGGGAAGUCUCAACACGGAUGAUGACAGAACAUGGCAGAUGCCAGAUCCACCGCCGCCGCCACAAAGCGAUUGGUAACGAAGAUGAAGACAUUGCAAACAGAUUCAAGAAGAAAUUAAUAUAGUGUCAGAAUUUAAUAUAACGAAAGUAUUGAAAAAGCUUGAAGUAUAGAUCGUACAAAUAAGUUUUACUUGUAUUUAAUUUGCCGAAAGCAGACUAAGAGCCAACUGCCGUUCAUAUAUUUUUAUGAAA